AUGAGGACCCAGAAAAAGCGCCAGGAGGACGAACUGCACAGGCAACAAAACCGCAGCGAGCGAAAGACUCGCCACGGGAUCCCAGACUACGAGACGAGCCUCCACCCGCCGGAAUGCGGCGUGGUCUACACGGAGUACGGGGCGGUGGCCGCGGGGGAGGUCCUGAUGGGUCUCGCCUUCGGCAGCGCCCCCGCCCACGCGAAGCUGGCCGACCUCUUCCACGACGAGCCUCGCAUCUUCGACUUCAUCGCUCGCGAUCCCGAGCUGAAGGGUGCCGUUAUCUUCAACUACUACGCUGCCACCGUCGCAGGUAACUUGGCACAGUCAGCUGUUUACGACGCCACCCCGACGGUGCCCGACUCGCAAAAUCCGAUCGGCCCAUCGGGCACGUGGAGCUCCUUCACGCAGAGGGGAGGUUCCCAGCAAAUGACGGGGACCAUCAGUUCCAAGAUCCAUCCGACGGAGUACGCCCUGGCCAACGAUAUGGAGCGCGUCUCCCAUGCCACCAACGCCGAGCUCUACGGAGGAAUCGACGGACUGUUACUGGCGCGAAAGUUCCCGGAGACGGAGAGCAGCUUCACGGAUCUCUCCCGCAUCCUGGAGGCGUACUACUCCGACCGGGGGCUCGGCCCGGCCGGCGACGCGAGCCGCGUCUUCGGCGCUUGCAACCGGUUCGGUCUCGUCGGGGACGAGUCCUUGGUCCCGUCCACCGAAAUGGACCUUCAGAUUCGAGCGAUGGCGUACGCCCUCUAUUUGAAGACUCAUGGACCAUAUCCACUCCCGCCUGCACAAACCGUCAGAGCCAGCAUCGAUGAGCGAGUCCAAAGCGUACUUCGGCUGUACCGGGACUUCGUUGCAAGUGGUGUAAAUGUUUGGAAGCGAACGGACAACCUCUCGCCAGCUUCGAACGUGGACAUAUUCGUCAAUUUGGACUUGGAGGGCAAGGAAUCCCAAGAAGCUCAAUCUGGUAAGAAUCGCUGA